CUUCCUAUGUACAGUCGGCACUCGUCACUCGCUGAGAUCGUUACCCCGGGAAGUGCCGUUCUCUGCAGUAGUUCCCUAACAGUAUAUUUUGCCCCUGAGAGCGAGUGGUUGGGGUGAGAAAGAUGGUCUUGCGCGGACCGUCAAUACGAGUUGUUCAUUCAUCGUGCUGUAACAGACUGUAAAUUUUUUAAUUGAUGAAAUACGUUGAGUUCUUAAACGGAUUCAGAAAAUAUAUAUCAGGAAAGAAAAAAUAAAACUUUUGGGGCAUUUGUGAUUCAUCGCGCCUUACGAGUUAUGAAUAAUUCACCUUGAGUAACUGACUGUGACGUGUGAACUGGUGGUGUACGUCGUUCGUUGUGUUAAAAACGUUUAAGCUGCAAAACGUCUUCAUAAAACGUCUGAGAAACGAAAAAGAGUUUUUCGACAAUUUUAAAUAAUCCCGUGUCUCUUGAUUGAGAAAACUGGGUAGAAAAUUGUGAGAAAUAAAACGUAUUCAGAAAAUGUAUAAGAAACUAGAGAGAACUUUUGGACAGUUUUAAAUAACCGCAUUACGUUAGAUCUUGAGUGAGACAACAGCUGGGUAUUGCAGAUGAGAAAGGGUAUCAUUCCUGUUCAAGGUCAUUCAUCUCGUCCGGGGCACUAACGGGUUAGGCCGUAGGGAAAGCAAGCAAGCAACGAUGAGAGCGACCGGAACCUCGUUAGCGGUAACGGCGCUGCUGUUACUUGGCGUUUCCAGGGCUGCAAAGAUCCUCAUCCUGCAUCCUAUGCACGCAGCCUCCCACAUCCUCACCCUCAGACAGCUUGCCGGCGCACUGUCGCAGCAAGGACACAAAAUCGAGAUCGUCAGGUGGAAAGAUGAACACCACUACCCGCCCAUCGGCAACCCUAACAUAACCGAACAUGAACUCGCCAUGAAUAACACGGAGGGCAACAUACCUCACGUUUCCGUGGAGGAGAGAGCCAGUUUCCAGUUGCCUCAAGACUUGCUGUGGAAGAAAGGGACCUCUUGGACGGCCAUUCCAUGGAGCGCUUUCGUCACUGUUGGAGUUUUCUGCAGCACAUUAUUUGAACAGGAGCAGCUCAUAGAUCAUCUCAGACGGCAAGAGUUUGACAUCGCUAUUGUGGACAUACUCUACAACGAAUGCAGUUUGGCCCUGGCACAUCAUUUGAAUCUGCCAUCAGUUGGGUACUGGGCCUUCACCUUCGCUGGAGGGGAACCGCAAUAUACCACAGCCUUUAGUCCACCUUCCUCGGUUCCCUUUAUUCUCUCGCACUAUGAAGACUCCAUGUCUUUCGUCCAGAGGGUUCUCAAUCACCUUUUGGCUUUAGGGAGCCAUUUGGUCAUGCAAGUACAAUUUGCAGUGACAAACAGCCAAAUACAGAGGUAUCUGCCUGGGACACCCCACCCGUCCGCCCUGCUUGCUAAUCUUUCCGGAGUGCUCAUCAACUCCCACCCUUCCCUGGAUUAUCCAAGACUGCUUCCGCCAUCUUUCAUCAACGUUGGCGGGAUGCAGAUUCGUCCGCCCAAGGCCCUUCCGGCAGACCUGGAAGAUUUCGUGAACGGUUCAGGUGACGCUGGGAUCAUUUUGUUCACGAUGGGCAUCAGCUUCAACUCGAAGGUCGUCCCUUCCUCUCUCAUCGAUGCCUUCAUGAGAGCGUUCGGGAGGCUCAAGCAGAGAGUCUUGAUAAAACUGGAAGAGGAUUACCCCAAUCCCCCAUCUAACGUUAAACUGGUCAAGUGGCUCCCCCAGCAAGAUGUUUUAGCUCACCCAAAAACUAGACUGUUCUUUACGCACUGCGGAAUGCACGGGGUAAUCGAGGCUUUGCAUUAUGGCAUUCCGAUGGUGGGGAUGCCCGUCUUUGCAGAUCAAGAAGACGUCCUCGUCAGGAUUCAGCAGAAGGGGGUGGGCACUGGAGUUCCUAAAAAUGCAGAUGAGGAGACCAUCUAUAGAGCCAUCACAGAGGUCCUGCAAAAUCCUAGGUACAAAAGAAACGCCCUUCGCUUAUCCAGCAUCCUGAAGGACAAUCCAGGAGAUCCCCUAAACCAAGCCCUUUGGCUGGUGAAUCACGUCAUCAACACCAAGGGCGCCGAACACCUGAAGUUCGCCGCCAGGAACCUCGGUUUCAUCCAGUUCUUCGGCCUGGACGUCUUCGUGUUCUUGCUUCUGUCCAUCUACGCGCUUUUGUUUUAUUUGGUUCCAGUAACGAAGAGGUUAAUGUGGUCGUUUGUCCUGUUUCGUCAAAAGAUGAAAAUUCAGUAGGACCUGAACUGCAUCAGUUGUGCCUUAGUGUUCCUUUCGUUAGUUUGACACGGGUAAUUUAAUUUCGAGUGAUGUUGGUACAAAUGUGUGUCAAGUUUACCUGUAUAUAAAGUCUUUUACGUAUUGUGUAUUUUUAUCACCAAAGGAAAAAGCUUUCUUCAGGUUUUGUAUAAUACUUGUUUCACUGUGACAGUUCUGUACAGAUUAUUUCUGUGCAAAUAAAUGUUGUAAUAAGUAAGUGAAAGUGUAAGAGCAAUUGUUUUUUUUAUAUAAAAUGUAACUUGAAUAUUAAUAAACU